AUGGGGCUAAUAAUAAGUGGAUCAUUAAUUCAUGCUUUAGUAAUGGGUGGGGUAGCUAUAAGAAAAUCACGUGAAUUUAGAUUCUCUGGAAAUCAUUAUGGGAAUGAUAUAGCGCUAGUUGCUUUUGAGAUCCAGACGUGUUUGUCACAGAUUAACAGGGCAAGUUUUCCAAAGGGUUUUGUCUUUGGGACAGCCUCUUCUGCUUUCCAGUAUGAAGGAGCAGUGAAAGAGGAUGGAAGGGGACCAAGUGUUUGGGACGCAUUUUCACAUACUUUUGGCAAGAUAAUUGAUUUCAGCAACGCUGAUGUAGCUGUAGAUCAAUACCACCGUUUUGACGAGGACAUAAAACUUAUGAAGGAUAUGGGAAUGGAUGCCUACAGAUUUUCAAUUUCUUGGUCUCGAAUAUUUCCAAAUGGAACAGGGAAAAUCAAUCAGGCAGGAGUUGAUCAUUACAACAAAUUCAUCAAUGCUUUACUUGCUCAAGGAAUUGAGCCUUAUGUGACCCUAUUCCAUUGGGACCUUCCUCAAGUCUUGCAUGACAGAUAUAAUGGAUGGCUCAGCCCCCAGAUCAU